UUCAGUUUGUAAACAAAAAUGGUUCCCUAACUUUGACUUGCAUAAUUAACAUAUAGAAAGCAACCCUGUUUAAUAUGUGAAUUUGUAAACGGUAAAAUGGACAAUCUAACAGCAGUUUCUGGCAUUUUAUUUUUGGUUGCUGAUAUAUUUGCAAUAACCAGUCUAUCAUUGCCAGAAUGGAUUGUCAGCGAUGUCAACGGCAAUAUGCGUCUUGGUCUGACCCAGCACUGUCAGGUGAUCUAUGGGCGACCAGAGAUAUGCACAGUGCCCCGCCUGUCGCUGGAGUGGCUACUCACCAGGGUCCUCAUCUCGGCAGGUAUUCUCUGUCUCACCAUCACCUGCAUUCUUCAAGUGUGGUCACACUGGAAGAGAGAGGUCAUUAAAUACUCCAGAUGGAUAGCAUUUGCUGCAAUGACUCUGUUCUGCCUAGCUGCAGUCAUUUUUCCAGUGGGUUUUGCAAUAGAAGAGAUUGGGGGUCAGCCCUACAAGUUACCUAACCAGACCCAGGUGGGGACCUCGUAUGUGCUCUUUAUACUGGCAAUCUUCUUCACUGUCGUGUCAGAACUGUUUGCUGGAAAAGUCUGCCUGCCAAUGUUCUGAAAUCUGGCACAAGCUGACCCUACCAGUACAUGUACCUGUAAACGCUAUUUUGUUAGCCAAACAUGUGUGCAGUGUUUUGUAAAAAUGUGCGGACACAUUGAUUCACCAGCAUGUACAAUAUCAUGUAAAAUAAUUGCAUGUCAAAAAUAUAUCUUCUGUUCAGAAAACAUUUUGAACAUUUAAGUACCUAAAACUUGUUAGAGUGAUAGUGUUAUGUUAAAGUUGAUUUAAAGAUGCAUAUGAUCAAAGCUAAUUUAAAGAUGCAUAUAUGGACUUGGUCUCAAAAGUUGCAUGGGGAGCAUUGCACUUGCUUUUGUAAAUUAUUGGAAAAGGAAAUUAAAUACCCAUCAUCAUUUUUCCCUUGACGGGUCUGGCCGUUGGAGGGAAAUGAGGGACAACAACACAGAGUUCCUCCGCCAGUCAGGUUUGUGGUGGACUGCUGGGAGUUACUUAUGCACAAGUGGGUAUGUCGACUAUUUCACAUUGUGCAUCCAGUGUUUUUCUGACAUCCGCAAUGUCUAUAAAGACCUGGAGCACAGAGACUUUCCUGGUGACAUGUCCGAACCAAGCCAGCUUUCGUGGUUGGAUACUAGUUAGAUACUACCGUGCAUUUAUCAUUUGUUAUUUUCAUUUUAUAUUUUUGAAAUGUAUAUUAAAACUUACUUUUAAUAGCAUGUAAACUUUUAAUAAGCAGAGACCUUAUAGUAUGUGUCGAUGUUCUUGCAUGGAAACCAGGACAGAAGUUUGUAUCAGGUUGUCCUUUAAAAUUAUUUAAUACGUGUCGCUUUCAAACUUAGUCUAUAUAUAGACUAGACUGAAUAUACAAUAAAUAUGUGUUUGCUUUUAAUUUAACAUUAUAAGGAAAAAAACUAUGAAAAAAUGA